AUGGCACGAAGAAGCAUGACUUCCCCACAGGCCUGCCGGAGGAGGUCUCCUGAUCCCGCUUUCACCACCCCUCGCCCCGCCUCUGAGGUCACCCCUUGGCAAGGCCAACGUCCCCUUGCGGUGUAUGAUAACUGUCCAGGGGCGAACGAGCUUGCACCGUGGCUUGACGCGAUCAUCGGUGUCAACUCUAGCAGCAGAAGCACUCGAGGCGCCGCUCCAGGCCCUGCCAUUACUGCGACGCCGGCGAGCUGCUGGAGGGUGCUGGCCGACGCUUGGACCAGCUUUGAGAGAGCGGACCCGGCGAGAGAUGCAAAUCCGCGGGGUACUUCACAGGCCACGGGCCUCGGUUUGUUCGCCUUGAAUCCUGUUCUCGCGGAGACGCGGGAAACACUGCUGCUGGAGAACGCCAACUUCAUUCAGCCAUCAUCCGAACAUCCCCGACGUUCGCCGACCCCUUCGGGCCGCCCGCCUGCCGCGGAACCCCUUCAAGGGGCCAUCGCCCUCUCAACCGAAGAGGCCGACAGCAUGCUGGCGCACACGUUUUUGAAGCAGGAGCGCCAAUCGGACAACGUCCUCAUGGGCUUCCACAUGCUGAGGGGACGCCAGCCCCAGCUCUUCAGUGCCUUUACGUGUGGUAUAGUCGACAUUGCCACCGGCCUAACUGCUGGUGCCGGUGUGCCCCUUCGCACCCUGUGGCCGCCGACACCGUAG